AGUAUAAACGAAGGAGAAGCAGAGCAGCGAGCUCGUCGGGAAGACGAUAUGAGCGGUGCAGAAACACACAGUCUUUUUGCUGUCGCCGACCAAGACAGAAAUGGAUUACUUGACAAAGUUGAAUUAGCAGAUUUUGUUCGUCUUGUUAGACUAACAUCUAUUAAAUUUGUUUCUGACCAUUUUCGAGAUUAUGACACUAAUAGAGAUAAACAAAUAACUUUGGAUGAAUUGGAACGUUUAGUUAAAGAUCGUUAUAAAUUGGAACCGACGCUUAUAAGACGCUUUUUUGAUAAAGUGGAUGUUGACAGAAGUGGGGAUUUGAAUCCGGGGGAAAUUGUUGAUUUUAGACAUGAAGCAAAGAAACAACCAGCAACAACAUCAACAUUACCUCCCGAACAACCAAAAGUAGCAACAGAAGAAACUAAAACAACAAUAAAAACACCAGAAAUUACAACAACAAAUUCUGAUUUAAUAAAUACAAAAACACCAACAGAUUCGUCAAACUCUCAAGAAGAAGAAGAAAUUGAAAACAUUGGAGAAGAGGGAAAAACAAAAGAAAAACAAAAACAAGUUGAACAACAAACAAACCAAACAACCAAUGUUUUUGCUAAUGUUUUAGAAAAUGCAACAACAACAACAAUUGAAAACAAUGUUGUAAAGAUGAAUGAAAAUGAGACACUUAAUAGACAGCCAACAACAACAAAUAAUUCUCAACUUGUGGAAGAGAAACAAAACAAUAAAAUAAUUGAAGAAAAUGUUGUCGUUAGAGAUAAAAAUGAAACAACAACAAAUUUAAACAUCCAAACAACAUCCACACAACAACAACAAUUAUUAGGCAAUACAACAACAAUUAUUAAUUUACAAACAACUGAAAUGACAACAAAUAUUUUAAAUUCUACAACAACGGUAGAAACAAAUAAAGAACAAAUAUCAACUAAAAAACAAAAGAAAAAACGUAGGAAAGGCUCAACAACUACAACACCAACAACAACUACUACAACUGCAGCAGAGGAAAGUUAUGAAGACCAAGAGGGAGAAGAACAACGAUGA